GCAUGCUGACAGCAGAGAGAGACAGACAAGCUUUCAGCUCACUAUAUGGCUGUGACUGGAGAUGAGACAGAAUCAGCCACCACUGGAGGUAUGUCUGCAUAUCAGAUUCCCUCUCCCGUAUCUGGCCUUUCCCAGGCGAUGGACGGCUCACCCGGUUCUCUGCCCAGCCCUCAGCAGCUGACUGAGGAAGCAUCAUGCAAGAGGGAACUCCGACUUAUGAAAAACAGGACGGCGGCCAAAGAGUACAGACGCAGGAAGAAGGACUAUGUGCGGAGCUUAGAGAUGCGCAUGGCCAUCAUUGAAAACCAGAAGCAGAAAAUGACAGAAGAGCUGGACAGUCUAAGGCAAAUGUGCACUGGAAAAUCCAAUUCAUUUUAAUGGCACAAUAGACUGCGGCCAUCUGUUUUGAUUCUGUUUUACUGUAAAAUAUUGUUGUCAUAUGUGUGUUUUAUAUCUUCUGUGAAAAUUGAACAGUAGACCAGCACUGCCUAUGCUCAUUAGGCUUUUUUGAAGAUUUUAUAUUGACAAUUGGAUUUAAUAUUUCAAAUAUUUGCUGUCAGACUAUCUACUUUAAGAGAAAUAUUUAAUUGAAUAUCAAAGGACUGCUUAUAUGAGUCAUUCACAAACACACCAGCUCCAAAACUGAUAUGAACAUAGCUACUGUUUAUACUUACUGUAAUAAAUAUAGGAUAAACAGAUAUGUGUUGUAUAUACAAACAGUGUUUUUGUAUUUAUGGCAUAUUAAUUGUAACUAAAUAUACUAAAUCGUAUAUUAGAUAAUUGUUUGUUACAAAUAUAUUCUUGAAUCCUUCCUGGUGGUUUUUCAAGUGGCACAGUCCUUCAGUGUCCAUUGAGACUAUCAGCACAGUUUCAUGUUUAUCUUUAGCUUCUGUUUAAAUAAAUUUAUCUAGC